AUGAAGGUUUAUUUAGAUGAAACAGGGCUGCACCGGCUGUUUGCGUCGGAGCUGUUCGACGCCAACAUCGCCAUCCACUAUUUAUUCAAGUCGAAAGAAGUGGGCAUCCUCCAGUUCCUAGGAAACCGGCUCUUCGACUUGCCGCCCGCCGAGCUCGACUUUUACCUCCCCCAGCUUCUCAUUCUCUAUCUGUACACCGAGGAGGACACCAGAAAGUGCAUCCAUCCCUUUCUCGUCAAAAGAUGCAAAGAAAAUAUCGACUUUGCGCUGAACUGUGCAUUACUUCUGGGCUCCGUGAACGACUCAUUGCCACAAAGCAGAAAAAAACUCGCCGAAAAACUCCGAAACGCAAUCAUCAAGGGCGAAAGUGCAAUAUCUCGCCAGAACUCCUCCUGCUCCGACAUCGGCACAGCCCAAAUCCAAAACGCCGAGAACAACGAGCAGCUUACUUUCAUCGAAUCGCUCAUCGACAUUGGCAGGCGGCUCGUUUCCCAGCCUGAUAGGGAGUCGAAGACGCAGCGGCUUGUUUCCGAGCUGAACGAGCUGAACCUGCACCUGCCGCGGCGGGUUUGGAACCCGAUCGCUUCGGAGCUUUCCCACUUCGUGUUGCGCAUCACGCCCGCCGCCGCCGUCGUCCUAAACUCCAAGGACAAGGCGCCCUACUUCGCCUAUCUCGAGUCCCCGCCGGUCAUUCUGGACAGACAGACCUUUUCCGACGAAGAGACGACCGAGGAAGAGCUCGACGAGACGAUCAAACCAGUUUCAGUUCCUAUCGCAACUCACAUUUCUUCAAACGACGCUUCCGACGUUUCCGACCACGACGAGCAGGCCUACUCGCCGCCUUCCCAGAAAGAGGCGCCCCAAUCCGACAACGUCUCUUUAUCCCGCAUUUCCAUUCGCUCCGGCGACUCCGUCCAGUCCUACGACACAGGGCAUACUGUUCUCGCUGCUGACAUUCGACUUCGACUGCAUCAAGAAACUACCGCUUCUAUGGGCGAUCUCAGAAUUGACCCGGAUGAUCCCUCCGCCGCGGCGCUGAAAGAGCCCUUCGCCGAGAAAGAGCGCAAGAUCCGCGAGGCUUCGCCCUAUGGCCACCUCAAGAACUGGAAGCUGCUGCCCAUCAUCGUCAAGUGCGGUGACGACCUGCGCCAAGAGAUGCUCGCCUACCAGCUGAUGACGGCGUUGAAGGCGGCUUGGGACAAAGAAAUGACGAAGAUCUGGAUCAGGCCGUACAAGAUCCUCGUUACUGGGCCCGACUCGGGCAUUUUGGAGCCGAUCGUCAACGCGCCCAGUGUCCACCAGAUCAAGAAGAUGGAGCCUGGCGGACUGCAGGCCUACUUCAUCAAAGAGUUCGGCGCCCCCACUUCCGAAGGCUACAUGACGGCGAUGAACAACUUCGUCCUCUCGUGCGCCGGCUACUCGCUGGUCUGCUACCUGCUCCAAGUCAAGGACAGACACAACGGCAACAUUCUGCUCGACUCGGAAGGUCACAUCGUUCAUAUUGACUUUGGCUUUAUGCUCAAUAGUUACGCGUUCUCAAAUUAA